GCUGUCUCUCGUCUCCUCCACGUCCGGUAGUCAGUGCAGAGGACAGGUUAAACAUGGCGUCGCUGAGGUGCUUUCUCCGCUCUGGAAAGAAUGCGGUUGCUGCUCUACAGAGGAGCGGGUUUCAUAGCAGCGCUCCAGCCGCUGUCCAGAUGACAGUACGCGAUGCUCUGAACCAGGCGAUGGAUGAGGAGCUGGAGAGAGAUGAGCGAGUGUUUCUAUUGGGAGAGGAAGUGGCUCAGUAUGACGGCGCAUACAAGGUGAGCAGAGGUUUGUGGAAGAAAUACGGAGACAAGCGGAUCAUUGAUACUCCCAUUUCAGAGAUGGGUUUCACUGGAAUCGCUGUUGGAGCUGCUAUGGCAGGACUUCGGCCAAUCUGUGAGUUCAUGACGUUUAACUUCUCGAUGCAGGCCAUAGACCAGGUCAUAAAUUCUGCAGCCAAGACCUACUACAUGUCUGCCGGUCUACAGCCGGUACCCAUCGUCUUCAGGGGUCCCAACGGAGCUUCAGCCGGAGUCGCUGCUCAACACUCGCAGUGCUUCGCAGCGUGGUAUGCGCACUGUCCGGGUCUGAAGGUGGUCAGUCCCUGGAACUCCGAAGAUGCCAAAGGACUGCUUAAAGCCGCCAUCAGGGAUGACAACCCAGUGGUGUUACUCGAGAAUGAGCUCAUGUACGGUGUUCCCUUUGAGAUGUCGGAGGAGGCGCAGUCCAAAGACUUUGUUGUUCCCAUCGGAAAAGCCAAGGUUGAACGGCAAGGGACUCAUGUGACCCUGGUGUCUCACUCCAGAUUCGUGGGACACUGUUUAGAUGCAGCUGCUGUUUUAUCCAAAGAAGGCAUCGAGUGUGAGGUGAUCAACAUGAGAACAAUCCGGCCGAUGGACACAGAGACCAUUGAGGCCAGUGUGAUGAAGACCAACCACCUGGUGACGGUCGAGGGAGGAUGGCCACAGUUUGGUGUCGGAGCCGAGAUCUGCGCCAGGAUCAUGGAGGGUCCUGCAUUUAACUAUCUGGACUCCCCUGUGACCCGAGUGACCGGUGUGGACAUUCCAAUGCCCUACGCCAAGAUCCUGGAGGACAACAGCCUGCCUCAGAUCAAGGACAUCAUCUUCUCUGUGAAAAAGACUCUCAACGUUUGAGAAAAA